AUGAAUAUGGUUCUCAAAACAUUUCUUCUCAUGCAUUAUGCUCGUAAUAGAAAUGCUAUGACACCUACAUACAUCAAGUCACUCGCAGCAUCCAACUCUCGAAUAAGGUUCAUCAAUCUUCCUCCUUCUAUAAGUUUCUCUCCUUCACAAGAGGCUAAUAAAUCUAUAGAAAAAAUUGUAACUGAGUUCAUAGGUUGUCAUAAAGCUAGUGUUAAAGAAGUUAUUGUCAAGCAUGUAGUUUCCAGUUCUGACCAAGGUUCACUUGCUAGGUUGGUGGUUGAUUACUUUUAUACAUCAAUGAUAGAUAAAGGAAAUGAACUUGGUGUUCCUUCUUAUUUGUUCUUCCCUUCUGGUGCUCCUUAUCUUGGUCUGUUGUUGCACGGUCUACCAGAGUUUUUGUUAAAUAAAUAUGGUGGGUACACUACACUUAUGAACCAUGGAAGAAGAUUCAAGGAGACCAACAGGAUUAUUGUCAACACAUUCGAGGAACUGGAAUCUCAUGCGGUUAAGUCUUUGUUGAAAGAUUUUGAGAAUGUGCUACCAGUUUACACAGUCGAACCAGUUAUUGAUGUAAAGGGACGUCAGAGUGAGAAGUUAGAUUUGGAUGAGAUCAUGAAAUGUCUUGAUGAUCCGCCUGAUUCAUCAGUUGUUUUCUUGUGCUUUGGAAGCUGGGGGAGCUUUGGUGAAGAACAAGUGAAAGAAAUUGCACUUGGGCUGUAG